AUGGCGCGUCCCAGCGAGGCGAGGAGCGGUGCGGAGUACGACGUGCUAAUUGUGGGAGCGGGUAUUGCGGGUGCGCCGCUAGCAGCGUCGCUGGGCCGUGCCGGCCGGCGUGUCUUGCUGCUGGAGCGCGACUUGGCAGAGCCUGACCGUAUUGUGGGCGAGCUUCUCCAGCCCGGCGGCGUGCGUGCGCUGCAGCUCCUAGAGCUCGACGGUGCGCUGAAGGACAUUGACGCGAUUCCCGUGGAAGGUUACUGCAUUUUUAUGGGCUCGGACGAGUCGGUGAAAAUCCAGUACCCCACCGUUCCAGAGCUGCCUUCGCACUAUGGACGCAGCGAGCCGCUCGGCGCCGAGUUUCACUACGAGGGCCGCAGCUUCCAUUAUGGCCGCUUUGUUAUGGCCUUGCGCGAGCUCGCACGUCGCGCGCCGAAUGUGACCAUCGUCCAGGCUACAGUCCAGGACCUACUCCACGGCCCCGACGGCGGCGUAAUCGGCGUGCAGACCGGGGGCGAGGCGGCGCAGACGUACCAUGCCAAGGUCACGGUCGUUGCCGACGGCUGCUUCUCCAAGUUCCGCAAGACGUACGGAGGGUCAUACAAGCCCGAGGUCCGCUCCAACUUUGUCGGCCUCGAGCUGCCGCCGGAUGUCGCCGUGGCCAAACGCCAUGGCCACGUUAUCCUGAACAAGACCAAGGCCAAGAAAGGCGCGCGGGCGGUGGGCCCGGUGCUGGUGUACCAGAUCGGCUCGGAUGCGACGCGUAUCCUGAUCGACGUGCCGGGCCCGACGCUCCCCUCGCUGCAGUCGGGCGCGCUGCACAGCUACCUGGAGCACGAUAUUGCGCCCCAGCUCCCGGGCAAGAUCGGCCCCGCGCUCGUGGCCGAGCUCGCAAAAGGCGUGCGCCCGCGCAGCAUGCCCAACAACUUCCUCCCGCCGAGUGUCCAAGGCCAGGGUGCGCACCAGCGGGGCCUGAUCGUCGUCGGCGACGCGAUGAACAUGCGCCAUCCGCUGACGGGCGGCGGCAUGACGGUCGCGCUGUGGGACGCGGCGUACCUUGCGCAUAUCCUCGGUACCGGCUCCUGGUCGCCGUUGGAUGGCACGCCGUACGCGUUCGACAUUCCCACGACCGCACGCGACCUGCACGACUGGUCCGCGAUCAUGCCGGUGCUGCGUACGUGGCACUGGCAGCGCAAAAAGCUCGCGAGCGUCAUUAAUGUGCUCGCACAGGCAUUGUACAGCCUAUUUGGAACGCCGAACGACAACCUGACCGUGCUGCGUCUCGGGUGCUUCCGCUACUUUGAGUGCGGCGGCGACUGUGUGCGCUGCCCGAUCAGCCUCCUGGGCGGCCUCGCGCCGGAUCCCUGGUUGCUCGUCUUUCACUUUUUUUCCGUGGCCGUCUACAGCAUCCAGCUCUUGUUCCAGGGCAGAUUGGAGGCAGGGCGCGACCGCAAAGCCGUCCCCCCGCCGUGGAGCGCCUACCCUGGCCUCGUCUGGCGCGCGGUGGUCGUGCUGUACUAUGCAUGCAUCGUUAUUUUCCCGGUCCUUAUCACGGAGCUACAGCUUAACCUCGCAGGCUCGAGGAAUCCGCUUCUAUGGAAGCUCACUGCGCUCGCCGCGCUGCUCGUCGCCGCCGGCGCGCUCUACGUCCAUAGCUAG